AUGAGUGAAACUGAACUAAAAGAAAAAAUACAAUAAGCUAUAUUAAAAGAUCAAGAUCCUAAAUAGUUAUUAAAAAAAAUUAUGGUUUUAAUUAGUGAAAUAGAAAAAAAUGAAGACGAGAUAUAAAAAUAAAUUGAUCAAGUAAAAUUAUUAAUCAUUUAGACUAAAAUUGAAGAAAUUAAAAAAGCAUAAAUUUAAGCUUAAUCCUAUUUUUACAAUAAUACAGAGACGAUUGAUACAAGCAAUUCAUUAUAUCCAUAUAAUUAGGCCUUGCUUUAGUCAAAACAUCCUGGCCUAAAAAAAUUAUCCAAAAUAUCUAAACCAAAUCCUCAUAAUAAUGAUUUUAAUAAGUUUAAUAUACAAUCAUUUAGUGAUGACAUUUUAAAAGAGUCAAUGAAAUUUAUUGAUGGAUAGCUAAAAAUAUCGAAGAAAUAUAAUUCAGAAAAGCUUGAAUUUAAAGCUCUUUACUAAUCAGAAUAUGGUAAAAUAUAUAGUUCUGAUAAAAAUAAUUCUUAAAAUUAAGAGUUACAAUUUAAUAUGAAAUCUAAUAGCGAAUAAAGAUAUCCAAAAUCUGAUUACUACAGAUAAAAUGAAAUCAAGACGAUUGAACAGAAAAAAAUUAAUGAAAAUAUUCAUAAUCAACAAAAAAACUAGAGAAAUCAUUAACAACAUCAAAACGAUCAAUUAUAAUAAUUAAAAGGGUUAAAUAUAUAUUAUCCCAAUGAUGAUAAAAAUCCCAUUCAAUUUGGAUCUAAAUAAGUAGAUAAAACCAUUGAAAAUAAAUCAAAUUAAUAGAUCAACCAAAGCUUUUAAUAAUUAACUGAUUAAGAAACAAAUGUAAAUUAAUAAAGUAUAUAAGAAUAAACUGAUCUUGAAUAACAAUAAUAGUAAUUAUAAAGUGA